AUGACGCUCGGCUCCGGAGUCCUUGUUCAUUCCAUCGCGAGGCGGGUGAAAACGGUGCGAUACACAUCACGUGGUGGAGCAGUACCACGCAUCCCGUACCUGGAUGAAACUGGUGCAACCUCCUUAACAGGAGAUCACAAGGCAAUCCGUCCCACGGAAAGCCUACCAAAAAUGCUGCUUCGGCGUCGCCCCGCACAACCGAUGAAUUUCCGACGGAACAUCUCCACCGCAGACCGUCCUACGGCCUCCUCUGCGUCCUCCUCCGUUACAUCACAACAAGAAAAGGACAAACACCACCAGUCGGACAUCCUCCUUUCCAAAGUGUCCUCCCUCGUCCAGGAUGCCACGGCCCGCGCGCUCUGGGCCCCGCGGUCCGUCGACUUUCUCGUGUGGCGCCAGGAGCUGCCGGACCGGAUUCAGUCGGUAAACUACCUCGCGAAGUCCACGGUACCCGGCGCGGGGGACGGGGUGUUUGCGGGCAGAAAAUACAAGAAGGGCGAGCCGGUGGAAAUCAACCCGUUCAUGCGGAUCGAGGACAAAAGAAUCCCAAUGGAAUUUUCGCCCUACAAGUUCGACGACUUCACGUUCUCCGGCGGGGCAAUCUUACCACCCGUGGAAGAAGAGGAUACGGACGAGGUCCACGACGUGGAGGAUAAAAAUGGCGAGAAAAAUGGUCCUCGUCGGUCCAAGCCUUUACCUCACCGUCCCUCGCAGGUCAAUGACCACUCGCUGGUGAUUAUGGGUUUCGGCAGCUACAUGAACCAUGCGGAAGAGAACAACGUGGAUUCUGGGUACUUUAUCCGGCGGUUUGCGCUGUUCAAAGCGUUGCGCGACAUUGAGGAAGACGAGGAACUCUUCAUCCACUACGGGAAAAAUUACCAGUACAGUUGGGACAGGAAGUAGUAGAAUUGCUGCUCGUGAAGGCGGGUGGACUUCGCUGGAAAUAGUGUGGAGGCCAUGUUGAUGAGUUUAUUUCGAUUUGAAAUUGAAAUCCAUCUGUUGGUAUUGAAAAACGGAAAACAAGAAUGUUAUAUUUAGCGACCUGGAUUAUAUUUAGAUUUAUUGCAAUUGCAAAAGACAAAACGACACGAGCUGCUGCACCGUAUUGACGCUCGACAACCCGCCUCACCAAAAUGCCAUAGCGACCAGUUUGUUAAAAGCCCCAUUACGACCACUUGUGAAUAGGUUUUGAGACCAGGAAGAAAACAUUUGAUCUAUAUGUUUCCUUUUAAAUCUGUUGAGAUUGCGAUUGCGAUCACGAUCGGCCCAGUACAUUCAGCACUCGGGAAGAGCGUUUUCUUCGUUUGUCAAACGUCAUGCAU